AGAAGAACGCCGGGUGAACCAGACAGAGAAGAAAACAUUGAGGGGUUUUAAAUGGUCUUUGUUUUGCGGCUGCCUCGUUUCCUUUAUUUUAACCUUUAUCAGAAAAAUGUACGACAGGUACCAGGCCAAUCAGCAGCACCCCGAGGCCCAGCAUGUGAUGCCCUACCACUAUGCCGACGGCUACAUGGAGGAGCCCGUCAUGACGGAGCUGUCUGUCCACAGGGAACCAACGGAACACCACGAACCCUUUUACCACAGCUACCCCCCGGCCUCAAACCAUUACCAGGAGCAGACCGCCCAGCCCAGCCUGACAGAGCAUCAGCAGCACCUGCAGCAUCACCCGGUCCCCCAGCCUCAGCAUGCCGUCCAGCAGCAGGAACCUCACAUCCGGCCUCAUGACCCACCUCCAGCCGUGACGCCGGUAAAGAAGAAAAGAGGCCGACCAUCUAAACAGCAGGCGGAGGCGAGGGAGAUCAAGGAGGAGGUGGAUGAAGCCGAAGCCGCCAAAAAAGCAAAAAGGGUUCUGAACCGCUUCAACGGCAUGAGCGUCGCGGAAGUUAUGACUAAAACGCUCCCUGACGUUCUCACCUACAACCUCGACAUUUUAAUAAUUGGCAUUAACCCAGGACUGUUAUCCGCCUUCAAAGGACACCACUAUCCAAACCCAGGAAACCAUUUCUGGAAAUGUCUGUUUCUGUCUGGUCUGACUGAGCAGCAGCUCAACUACAUGCACGACCAGAGCCUGCCCGAGAAAUACAGCAUCGGCUUCACUAACAUGGUGGAGAGGACCACGCCGGGCAGCAAGGACCUCUCCAGUAAGGAAAUUCGAGAGGGAGGUCGACAGUUGCUGGAAAAGCUGCAGAAGUACAGGCCAUUGAUCGCUGCUUUUAAUGGCAAAGGCAUUUAUGAAACAUUUAGCAAAGAAAUUUUUGGGGUAAAGGGCAAAGCUCUUGAGUUUGGCCUUCAGCCUUACAAAAUCCCCGAGACCGAAACGGUGUGCUUCCUAAUGCCGUCGUCAAGCCCGCGUUGUGCCCAGUUCCCCCGCGCUCAAGACAAGGUGCAUUUCUACAUCAAACUGAAGGAGCUGCGCGACCGGAUGAAAGGCCUGACGCCCAACGGGGAGGUGCUGGAGACGCAGUACUCCUUUGACCUGCAGCUGGCUAAAGAGGAUGCUAAAAGGAUCGCGAUCAAAGAGGAGCAGGUGGAUCCGGAAUAUGAAAGCUGUAGUGGGCUUCACGAUGGAGCGAGGCAGAGCAGCUGAGGCAGAGGAGAGGUGAAACACAGGCCAGCUACUGUAGCACUCAGACGUUGUCUAUAUACACCAAUCAGGAGACAGAAAUGCGCAGCUGUGGUUGUAAGCUUAAAUAAUAUACUGCACAUUACCUGAACUAGUCACAAGGUCUAUCAGCAAGGAAAGGAUCAAAUGAAAGAAAACUGUGCUGCACCCAAGGAACUGCAUGAAGAGGCAACAACAGCUAUUUUUCUAACACUCUGGUAUCUGUUUUUAUGGUAUCUUUUAUUACUAUUUAUUGCAUCUUGUACAUUUGUGUCAAGUUAAUUAUUUUGUAUUUUGAUACAACUGUAACUUAUCAUUUAUCUGCUGUAUACAUUGAUAAUUGAACAUAUUCUUUGAUUUGUAAGCACCGCUUUAUUAAAUCUCAUGUUAAGAUG